AUGAAGAUGAAGGGCGUCACAGGGAGAGAUAUGCACAAACCGCCGCCGGCGCCUGUCCUCUCAGAGGGCAUGGGGCUCGUAGCCGCCUUCGUGUUCGUCCUCGCUGCGGUCGCGUCGCAGGUGCUUCUCAAAAACAACGACAAAAAGCUAGUGGAAUACAACGCGGGUCUGCUGUCCAUCACACUCAUGACGUUCUUGGGCUUCGCUGACGACCUCCUCGAGCUUCCGUGGAGGGCUAAGAUGCUCACACCUCUCGUCGCGGCCGUCCCUCUCCUCGUCGCGUACACCGGCCGCACGACGAUUCUUCUUCCGAACUGGGUGCUUCCCUUUCUUCACUCCCUCUCUGUGCUCUCCUCGAUUUUGGGUCAGUCUCUCGCCGAGCUGGGCGCUCCUCUGGUGACGCCCCUCAGCGCGUUGUGGGCAUCUGUCGUCUCCUCUGCGGACUCGCUGCCUAGCCGCGUGCUCAGCGGUCUGCUCGCCGGCACGGCGGAGCUGUCUCUGGAAGACGGCGCACUUUUUCAGAGCCUCGGGAGCUCUCUCUCUGCACUCACCGCCUUCUAUCAGCUGCUGCCUGGCUCGGCUCCAACCGAGGCCGUUUCUGUGUCUUCCUCUCCUGCGUCGGCCCUUUCGCUUCUUGCGUCGAGCCGGACACAGACAGCCCCUCUUCAUCUCUCGACACCCCGCGGGGGGGGUGCGACUCUCCCGGCGCCAAGCGCCACGCCGGACCUCAGCCUCCUCUCGGGCAGGCUGGCGACAGCCGCGCCAGUCAUCGCCGACUUGGGCGUCUUCUACUACGUCUACAUGGCUCUCUUGACCAUCUUCUGCACCAACGCCAUCAACAUCUACGCAGGAAUCAACGGGCUCGAGGUCGGGCAGUCGGUGGUGAUGAGUUUCUUCGUCAUCCUCCACAAUAUCCUGGAGAUAUCGAGCAACUGGCUUUCUGGAAGUGCGCACCUGGAAGCGACUUUAGUUUGGCGCCAGCACUACUUCUCCCUCAUCCUUUCGCUUUUCUUUUUCACCUCGUCCGUCGGUCUCCUUUCGUUCAACUGGUACCCCUCUCGAGUCUUUGUCGGCGAUACAUAUACGUGCUUCGCUGGCAUCUACUUUGCUGUCGUCGGCAUUUUGGGCCACUUCUCAAAGACGCUGCUUCUCCUCUUUCUUCCCCAGCUCUUCAACUUCGUCAUUUCCCUCCCUCAGCUCUUCGGCCUCGUAACGUGCCCCAGACACCGGACACCCAAGUUCAAUAGCGCCACCGGCAAACUGGAAAGCUCGGGAAAUCUCACGCUUAUCAAUCUCGUUCUCAAGAUAUCGGGUCCCAUGACCGAGCGAAAGCUUCUUCUCACUCUCCUUUUUCUACAGUUAUGCUGUUGUUCCCUGGGUCUUUUGAUCCGGUACUCCUCUGGGAUCUACAUGCUCUUUCUCUGA